AUGCGCUUCUCAUCCUUAUCACUGUCCUCAUGCUGCUUCUGCCUCGCCGCUCUUCUCCCGUACAGCAGUGCGUCGUUCUAUGAUAACCCCGAGGUCGAAAUUCGACCCGAGACGGAGAUUCCGCUCGACGAGUUGAAGGCAAAAUGGGACUCCGAUUGGUCGUUCUCUGGUAUCUCGACAUUCGCCCACCUCAAGCAUGUCAAAUGCCUCACGACACCAUACGAGCCUUUCGAUAUUGGGAUCAUCGGAGCCCCCUUUGAUACGGCCGUCAGUUAUAGACCUGGCGCCCGGUUCGGUCCACGCGCGAUCCGUGCUGCAUCAGCUCGUCAAAUCUCCUACCGAGGCUUCAACCACCGCGCGGGCAUGAACCCAUAUCAAUCAUGGGCAUCAGUUCUCGACUGCGGUGAUAUCCCCAUCACACCCUUCGACAACGCUCUAGCCCUGCACCAAAUGACCACGGCAUACACUGAACUCAUCUCUCGUCGACCACUCUCCUACACCAACCCACCGUCGCACACGCAUCCCAAGCUCAUCUCCCUCGGCGGCGACCACAGCAUCGCCCUCGCGGCCCUGCGCGCCCUUGGAAAGAUCCACGGCCGACCCAUCGCCGUUCUCCACUUCGACGCGCACCUCGACACAUGGCACCCGGGUGCGUACCCGUCCGUCUGGGCCAAUACCCCCACGCAGGCCGACUUCACGCACGGGACCAUGUUCUGGGUCGCGUCUGAGGAAGGGUUGAUCGCCAACGGGUCCUCGGUCCAUGCCGGUCUUCGCACCCGCCUCUCGGGCAACGAAUGGGCCGACUACGACAACGACGAGCGCCAGGGCUUUUUGCGCAUCGAGGCCGACGACAUUGACGCCGUCGGCGUGUCGGGCAUUAUCGAACUCAUCAUGGAACGCAUGGGGACCGAGACCCCCGUCUACCUCAGCGUCGACAUCGACGUCAUCGACCCCGGUCUAGCACCUGGCACCGGCACGCCCGAACCCGGUGGCUGGACGACGCGCGAGCUGAUCGCCAUCUUGAGAGGCAUCGAGGGCCUCAACGUCGUCGGCGCGGACGUGGUCGAAGUUGCACCCGCUUACGACGGCAUGGGUGAAGCCACGGCUCUCGCGGGUGCGCAGGUCGCGUACGAGAUCCUCACGAGCAUGGUGAGACGUGGUCUGCGCGAGAGAGGCGAGGACGUCGUCCUCACGAAACCGGGCAAUGCGAAGAUCUUGGCCAAGGCGAAGGAGAAGGCCGAAGCGAGAGCCAAAGCCAACAGUAAGGCGAGGGAUGAACUGUGA